AUGAAUAAGACUUUAGGAGAAGGAGCGCUGCUUUACUCGGUUUGUAUGCAAUGGCUUCUAACAUUCUCAAUUUUUGUGGCUGGAAUAACGCUGGAACGCUGUGUGCCGCAACCCCUUCACAUAUUUCUUUCGAUUUUGGCUGCGAAUGGAAGCGCAGUUCUGUUUGUCAUCAAUGUCAAAAAAGUAUCGGAUGACGUCAUAUCCCAUGAAUCGCGGUACUUCUUAUUCAUAACUCUUCUUUUUGCACUUUCAACGGUACUCUGUAUUGUCUAUCUCAUUGCACUGGCCUACUAUCGAAAGGAGAAAAUGUGA